ACCGCGGAAGUAAACCUAAGAACCCGAAACACACUGAAGUGAACAUAUAGUACACUAGAAAGUGAGUGAUAAAGCGUUGUUUUAUACACUAAGAAGUGCACAUAGGUAGGGUUUAGGGAUAGUUUUGGUGUUUUAGGAUUUAAUUAAUCGGAAGACGAGUAAGGAAACAUGUCCCACGCCGGCUCCAAGAAAAGAAAACUAGACAAACCCGCUGAGGAUAAGCUGUAUUUUGAGAGCUAUGCGGAUGUGAGUAUCCAUGAGGAAAUGAUCGCGGACACUGUGCGCACUGACACGUACAGAAAAGCCAUAUUUAACAGUAGAAGUGAGAUGGAGGGGAAAGUUGUGCUGGAUGUGGGUGCAGGAACAGGGGUGCUGAGUGUGUUCUGUGCUCAGGCUGGGGCCAGGAAGGUGUACGCCGUGGAGGCCAGCUCCAUAGCAGAGCAGGCUGAGAAAAUCAUAAAGCAGAACAAAGUGGAGGACAGGGUGGAGGUGAUUAAAGGUGCCCUGGAGGCUGUGGAGCUCCCUGAGCAGGUGGAUGUGAUAGUGAGUGAGUGGAUGGGUUAUGCCCUGCUCCAUGAGUCCAUGCUGAACUCGGUGAUCUCAGCCCGGGAUCGGUGGCUCAAACCUGGAGGUCUGAUGCUCCCUGAUAAAGCCGAGCUCUUCAUCGCACCCAUUAAUGACCUCGUCGUGGAGGAGCGUCUCGGAUUCUGGAGCACGGUGAAGAGCCAGUACGGGGUGGACAUGUCCUGUAUGACGGACUUUGCCCGCAGGUGCAUCAUGGCGAACACAGAAAUCACCAUAAAGCCCGUCACCGUAGAAGACGUCUUGUCUCACCCGGUCAAAUUCGCCGAGCUCGACCUCAACACGGUGAACCUGGAGCACCUGAGCUCCGUCAAGGGACGUUUCCGCUGCCUCUGCUUCGGCUCAGCCGCCUUCAACGCCUUCUGCGUGUUUUUCGCCGUGACCUUUCCGGGGUCGAGACAUCCUCUCGUCCUGUCCACGUCCCCGUUCAGUCCCGAGACGCACUGGAAACAGGCCGUGCUUUACCUGGACCAGGCCGUGGAGGUCAUGCAAGACACGCUGGUGGAAGGAGACGUGCACAUGUACCCGUCUGAGGAAGGUUCUAGACAUAUAUGCAUCCACGUGGACUAUACAGUAGGGGAAGAGAAAAAGAAAUCGAAGACGUUCGCUAUUUCAGAUGGAUCUUCAUACGCAGAGCCUCAGUAGAACUGAGGACGUUUGUGGUGAAGGUUCUGAGCAGAAGGUCAUGAGUUCAAAUCCCAGACCAUGGAGCCUCUAGGUUGAGUUUUUGACUGAGGCUCUUACAUCAGUGUCUCAGCUCUGAGCUUUACGGCACUGGAUUAUUACUCACAUGCCAAAAAAAAAGUAAAUCGGCUAGGUAAAUCAGUGUAAAGAAAACGUUAGGUCUAACAAAUGUUUUUCAUUUUUCUUCACUAUUGGUUACGUCAGAUUUCUAAAGUGUGAACAUGCCGAAUGCCGUGAAUGUUAAUGAACAAAUACUGAUUAAAAAAAGAUCAUCAGUUAUUACAGAA